AUGGAGUCCAAAAUCGCGUUCGUGCCCAGUCAGCACAGCUUCGCGAGCGUGCCGCGUCGUCUGCUCGGCCAGCUUCCGCGGAUCGGCGCGGGCGAGCCCGUGGCCCUACGCCUUUGCUGGACGAGCGGCGGCGAGCGACGUGAGGCAGUCGUGGGCUGGGGCGGUGGCGUGGCGGCUGGCGACGCCCUGGAGCUGCCGUCCGCCCUUGCUGAAGCGCUGGGUUUGAGCUCGGCGCGCGCGGUGCACGUCUCUCACGCGAGCAGCCUGCCUCUGGCCGUCCGCGCAACGCUCGCGCCCGAGUCGCCAGAGGACUGGGCGCUUGUGAGCGGCGGCGCGGCGCGGCUCGAGGAGACGGCGCUCACGCAGCUGAACGUGCUGACGGCGGGCACGCGCGUGCCCCUCUGGCUCGAUGGCGCGGCUUGCGCCUGGCUCCGCGUCUCCGAGCUCCACGCCGCCGACGGGCCGGUGGCGGCCGCGAGGCUGGCGAGCGGCUCCGAACUGCACAUCGCUCCUCCGGUUGCUGCUGCUGCUACGGGCGGCGGCGGCGGCGGCGGCGGCGACGGCGGCGACAGCGGCGGCGGCUUCUCCGCCGCGGAGAUCGAGGCCCUCGCCACCGCGGCCGCCGCCCGCGCAGGCGCCCGCGCCGCCGUCGCGUGUGCUGCGGCGGGCGGCGGCGCGGCGGGCGGCGGCAGCGCCGGCGGCGGCACGGGCGCCGAUUUGCGGCUGAGGCGUUCCGACGUCGCGGCGGCGGCCGCGCACGCGCGCCGCGCGUCUGGGCGAUUUUCCUCCGGCCGGCGGCCGGAGCCGCUGCCUCGCGCGGGGGAAGGGGCGCUGCCUGGCUUCCGAGGGGUGGGCGGCAUGGCUGCGGCCAGUCUCCCCUUCAUCAGCGUCUCCGGGCCCGAGUUGCUGGACAAGUACAUCGGCGCGUCCGAGGCGAAGGUGCGCGACACGUUCGCAAAGGCGAGCGCCGCCGCGCCGUGCCUCCUCUUCUUCGACGAGUUCGAGGCGCUCGGCCGCGCGCGCGGCUGCGACUCGACCGGCGUGACGGAUCGCGUCGUCAACACCCUCCUCUGCCAUCUCGACGGCGUCGAGGCCCUCGGCGCCGUGUUUGUCCUCGCAGCCUCCUCGCGCCCCGAGCUGAUCGACCCGGCCCUCCUCCGGCCGGGCCGGAUCGACAUGGCGGUGGCGUGCGGCUUGCCCGACGAGGAGGAGAGGCUGGCCAUCCUCUCCGCCCUCGCACGCCCGCUUGGGCUGCCGCUCGCCUCACUCCGCCGCCUCGCCGCCAUCGCCGCGGCCACCGCCGGCUACUCGGGCGCAGAGUUGCGCGCGGUCCUCAACGCGGCGCAGCUCGCGGCGGCAAGGGAGGCGGGCGCCGCCGCCGGGGCGGCGCAGGCGGCGACGCCGCGGGCGGCGGCGCCGCUCUCCGCCUCCACCGCCGCGGACCGCGCCACCGCCGCGUCGGCGGCGCGCCUGCUCGCGGCGGUAUCGCCCGGAUGGUGCGAUGCGGCGGCCGUCUGGCGGGAGGAGCUGCGGCGUGGCGCGGGCGGCGGCGGGGCGGCCGACGUUGGCACCGGGCCGCCGCCGAUCGAGGUGCGCCACCUCGACGAGGCGCUCCGCUCCUGCCAAGACAGCCGCUCCUCUGGCUCUGCCUCCGCGCCGUCCUCGUCGUCCUUUGGGAGCGCACCGGGGGCGGGGGGCGGGGACGCCGUCCGCCAGCCACGCUGCCGCGUCAUGCACGCAUAAAUCUCCCUUUAUUUCUUUCUCAAUCCCUUGAAUCGAGAGAGGGCGUC